GGGUUUAGUCGUGCGUCGAAGGGAGGACAUUUGCCUGCGGCUUGUGUGAGAGUGCCCGUGUUCGUGUUGCCCUUCCUUGUUGUAUUUGUUUUUAAAGUACAGGCUAACAAAACUCGGCAAAAGAAAAAUACCGGAGUCGUUGUCGUGUGACAAGGUCCUUCCUAAAGCAGCGCAUCUGCGUAUUACGCAGCUGAAAGAGAAGUCGCGUCACGUUGCGCUAUACUUCACAGAUCUUCGCAUUCCUUUCCGCCGCACCGCUGCUCUCUUCACAUACCAGCGCUUUCAUUUGGUGUUGUUGUUUUUUUGGUGUACGCAUCGAGACUUUUUUCUUUGCCAAAAUAAUUGCUGCAAGGUGAACUGCAGUUCGACGAAGUACGGAGUUCUUGCUCUCGCUCUCUCCAUCAGGAAAUCAUGCGCUCGAGACGUGCGCUGGUGCGGAGCGUGGUAGACAGCACCGUUGCCCUCUCUGUCGCAGCGGCAGUCGCCGCGCAGCGCCGGGGCCAUGUCCAACUCACUUCCAUUGCGCACGCGCCUCGUCCGCGCACCUCUGUCAAGACACCAAAGAGUGCAAGAGCCGUCAAGAAGACGAAGGCAGACGACGCGGUAACGUCAACGAAGCCGGGGUCCCUGCCGAGAAAGAAGGAGCGGCCGGCCGUCUCUGCGAAGGUCGUCACGGUCGCUGCGUUCUCUCUGGACGAGGCACUCCCUGUUGUCGCCGUCGACGUGGAAGCGGGCGCGGCGACUACGGGGAGCAACGCAGCGGAAGGUCCGGCAAAGGGGGCAGAGGACGUCGAGGAAGCGGCCUCCGCAAGGGAACAGACUCUCAACCGUCAUCAGGACCGCGGUGGGCCACUGAGCCAGGCGGCAGCAGCAGCAGCGGAGUCACCACCACCUUCCAUCGCACCCGCCCCUACGAUGCAAACUACCGCAAUGGAUCCGAUAGGGCUUCAACGAGCUGAGCAGCGCCGGUUGGUGUCGCUGCAGCGCCGCUUCCUCGUGGGGGCGCAUGCGGCGUUGGAAAGCACCGUCGACUGCCCGGAUCCCCGACCACUGGUGCCUCGCUUAAACGCAGAGCAGCUGUCGAUGGGCGCGGCUGGAGCGGGGGGUGACGGGACCACCCGCAGCAGCGGCACUCUUCUCCACGUACACGAGCCACCUCUCGAGCGACCGAACUCCAACGAGAAACAUGUCACGGAUGCGGACGCUGGAAGAGAAGGAGGAGGAGCUGCGAGACUGCUGACCGCUGGCGGAGGCCAUCGAUAUCUUUGCUGACACCUUUGCCUUCACCUUACACAGCGUGCCGCUUCGCUUUCGUCGACUGGCGGUGACGACCACCGCUCCAUUGGUCGCCGUGGCUGAUGCAGCAGAGGUCAACGCUUAUGACGCCGUCGCUCCCUCCCCUUCGUCCUCCCCAACGACGCCCGCUGCGUCAUCUGCGCUGCCGUUCCUCGCUUCGCCCUUCUCCAUCUCCGCCUCGCACAUCCUCGCCGCCCGCUCACCUUUCUAUCGCGCCGUCGCAAUGGAAGGCGUUGCCCCGCUGCACUGGCUGGAGACAUCCUUCGAGGAGUUGUGUCGCCGUGUCGUGCAACGCCUGCACGCCGAGCUUCGACACGAAAAGAACAGCGCUCAUGAAAGGGACGGCGCGCAAGUCGAAGAGGAGGAAGCGGGAGUACGACGUGAAAAACACGAGCAGCGAUUGGCUGCCGUGUGUGAAGCGGUGCGGGAGCAGGCGACAUGCCUCAUCUCUGCCCUAGAGGGCGCCGCGAAGAGUGUGGGCAGUCGGCCGUUCUUUAUGCUGCGCCGGCAGUGGCAGCGGAGCUCUGCCGCCGCUGGUGCCUCAGAGGCAGACACGCGGAAGCGCAAAUCGAACCGAUCCGCCACCGCGGCGCCGGCGGACACGAUGGUGCGAGACACGCUGCUGAACACCGUGGAACGGGUCGGCUUAGAGGUUCACCUCGUGCACGUCUGGCUAUCGCGCUUGUGCGAAGAAGGGUCAUUCCGUGUAGACGCCGCUCCCGGCAACGACCGCGGCGGUGCUCCUUGUGUGGAGGCGGUCCUUCGCCAAGCACUCGGCUGGAGUGACGACAGCGCCGCCGCCGCAGCGUUUCCAUCGGUCGCGCAGCUGCAAUGGAUGCUGGCGACGGCCCUGCUGGAGCGGGUGCACGUCCAGUCCUACCACUUUCACCACUCGCAGCUGUCCAAGGCUGCGCAGCUGAAGGGCGCGGCCAACGCCGACAGCGCGAGGCCAACGUACGUGGUGAAGGCAGCGCACCUCCCCGGCCUCGCCGCUCUCGUCGACUUUGCCUUGGCGGAGCACGACGCGGAGAAGAAAGAUCCGCCUCUCCACGGCGAGAUGACGAGCCCGUUUCCUCUGCUGGACGAGAGUCUCUUUAUCCUGCUCGCCGCCUUCCACGCGGUGUUGCCGACGUAUGCCGUGCUGCUCCCGGCGUGGCAGCGCGCUCUUGCUGUGUCGUCCACUGAGCCCCACCACCAGGCAACUCCUGCACGUAGGGGUAUUCCCAUCCAGCUGUCUCAGUUAGAAGCUGAUGACGGCUCUCGAGUUACUGCGACAGGGACGUACAGGAGCAACGACCGCGACGCCAUUCUGGCGGCGUCGCCCACCGCCGUCUGGGACGUCGUGGCGGAGCGCUGGGCCCUGCAAGAAGAGGCCGUGCGACAGGAAGGUGGGCUGGCGGCGGUGUGGUGGCUGCGACUGCUGCCGCUCUGGAUAAACACCGCGACCUGCACGUUGCAGCUGCGCGUUGUGGCAGAUGUGCUGACGUCGAAUGCACAGGACGCCACGAGAGCAGUGGGUGAUGAUGACGCAGCAAUGAGGGUGACGAGCGAUGCGGAGGAUGAUGCUGCUGCUGACGAUGGUGCGUGUGAUGUGCACCGGCUUACUGCAAACGACGUGGCGGCCUCGCUGGACGCGCUGCUGACCAAAUCAGCCGAUCUCCUGCGCUACACGCUGCGCUUUGACGGCGUGCGAUACGAGCGCUCUCGUUCGACCCCACGCGCCGCAGAUCUGCAAAGCCGUCAUGACCGCAACCCGCCAAAUAGCAGCGGAGUGGCCACGAACGGGGAAGAUGGCGAAAUGGGCAACAACACGAUCAUCACAGACGCGGAGGGCAACGUGCGUCGGGGCGGCGAAAACGGCGGCGGCGUGGACGAUAACGCCGGUGCAGAUGGUGGACUUCUUUCAGGGGCGGACACCCUUCCCCCGCUCCAGCGCAACCGCGGCAAGCGCUCCCUCUUCUACAAACCGCACGACGGCGAGGAGAAUUCUAUUUUGCACGCGCACGGCGAUGCGACGAGCAACAGCAGCGACAGUCGACGCAUGCGCUUUGUCUCGCGAGUGCGCAGCAAUGCAGGUCACGUAAACAACUCCGCAGCAUCCUCGACCUCCCAUCACCGCUCGCCUGGGCAUCUCUCCGCCGCCUCUGCCGAGGCCCACGCGCGGACCGGCGCCCUCUUCGAUGUGCUGGUGCUGUCCGCAGAGACGCCCAUUUUGCUGGCCCACCGCUUUGGCCUCACCCGUGCGCAUCACCGCAGCACAGCCCUCGAGGAUUCGUGGGCGGCCGCUGCGCAGGCGAAGAGCGAGCUGUGGCGGCUGCUGUACGCGCUGCCCUCUGCCGCGGCGGCGGCGGCGGCGGCCACGCGGAACCGCGACGGCACGUGGGGUGCGGCGCCGGUGCUGCGCAGUGUCCUCCCCGCAGCUGUCCUUUCCCUCCUGCCCGCCACUGUUGCCUCCCCAGCGGUGAUACCCGCGCCUGGCGACUCGGCCACGUCACCGAAACACAAGAAGACAGAAAAGAAGACUGCGCAGACGGGAGCGGCGGCGAACGACCGCGACGCAGAAAGGGAUGCGAACACGCUGCGCCGCGUCCUGUGUGUGCUGGAGCGUGCGCAACGGCUGUUGGGCCUCGUCAUCUUUGAGGCCGUCGAGCACCUCCUCGUCGCCCUGGCAGAGGUGCUCUUGCGCAUCCAGCACACGGGUCAAAGCCUGGUGCCCCAAGCGCGCCACGGCGCGUUGGACGAGACCACGCCGGCGACGCGUGUGGUGGAUCACGACACGCAGCGCGCCACGGUGCAGCUCGCCGCGGUGAUCACGAUCGGGGCCACGACGUUGUUGGCCGAUAACCCGCUUUCGUGGGAGAGCAUGAACGCGGCGUGGCAGCUGCGUCAGCUACGAGGUGGAGUCAGCGCAAAGACACUGGGCAAAAGCAAAUGCGCAGGCCUGCAGCAGCAGCGGAUACAGCCAGCAGCGGUGGCUUCCUCGGCUGCCAUGCACGCCUUUUCGGUUCAGUGGACGUCCGUCCUGACGAAGGAAACUCCUUUUCUGGCGCUCCGCAGCCGCCAGAACCCGAGCGCCGCGCUGGCCAACGCGCGCGAGAUCUUGAAGGUGCUACAGACGACGUCCACCGCCGCUGCUGCCCUGCCUCUCUAUGCGAAACAGGUGUCCGCAGCGGUGCUGCUGCAGAGCCUCACGGCACUGGCGAACUACUGGCGCGGCAGCCGCGACGUGCGUGUAUCCAACGCGGCUGCGGCGACACCCCCGCAUAGCCGCAACGUGAUGCACCAGGAGCUGCUGGAGGUGUACCAAGGGUUACUGGACGUGCUGACCGCAGACGCCGACCUGCGGCUCCUGUGCUGCUACGCUGCAUUCGUGGAAGGGCUUUACGAGGUCCAUCUUCGCUUGAAGGCCGACCACGCCGCCCUCAUCGCCUGGGCGGACAAACACCUCUUGCCGCUGGUGCUGCCCGUCGUGGUGGCGGGGUUGCGCCGCUCACAGGCCUCGCACAACGCCGCUACGCACGCCGACCUGUGUGAGACAACACUGGUGCUGCUGUCCCCGCUGUCGCGCUACGCGGCAAACCCAGAUGUAUCCUUAGCCGAUGUCCUGCGAACGCACUGGAAUCAGGUGCUCCUGCACGUGAGUCUCUACUGCAUUCGGAUGGCCGGCCGCGGCGGGGCAAAGCGGGCCUCCUCCUACGGCAUGCCGCCGGUCGUGCUGCCCCGUCUGACUGAGGCUACCCACAGCUCCCUCUCGCUAGCCCCCACCGCCACGCGGUGCUCGGCCGCCUUCGCCCACGGCGCAGAGCCGGUCUUCCUGCGCCUCUUGGACCACAGCAACGGGAUCAUGCACGGCGCCCGCAGCAUCGCGCCACGCGACGUCGACGCGGCCGACGGCAUGCGGGCUGCCCUCGCCGCGUACGUGGCGGCGUGGGACACGCAGGUCCGCUUUGGCCGGCACGACUGGGAUGCGAUGGUGGCCGCUACAUCGGAGGAUUUCACCUUUUCACCGGCGAGAAACGGCGCAACUUCGGUGCCGACCACGCACGCGCUGCUGACGCGGCUGCAGGCGUCGUGUGCCGCCGUGCAGACUUUCAGCGGCGCCAUGUUGCCUGCUCGCGCCGCCGGUGCCGAGGCCACCCCCUUCCUCGCCUCGAAACCCGUGAAGGCCCACCAGCUGGGGUAUUUGGUGCGCUUCAUGGAGCACUACCUGCGCGAGCAAGAGCGGCUGUCACGCCUGAGCAACGCGGAGAUGCACGCGCUGACGACCACCACCGCCACUUCGACGGCCUCGCCGACGAAGGCGCAGUCGUCGUCCACGUCGGCUGCACCCGCAACUGCGAGGGCGUCGCUGGGCGACACCGCGCCCCUCGUUAUGCUCGACUUUGUCGGCCACCUCAGCAGUGCCGGCGCGUGGUCCAUGGUGAUUUGGGCGUGCAACAUCGCCGAGAUCGUCGUGAAGAUCGAGCUGACGCGCAAUCGUCUUAUCCCCGAGGCGGCGCGUGCCGUGGCCGCCACCGCGAUUCUCUCGCAAAUUCGAGUGAUUCCGCCCGCCCGCCGCAGCUCCGUGCGGCUGCCGGUCAGCCUGAUCAAGUCCCUCGUCAGCAUGUCGGAUGUGAUGGGCAGCACUGUCACGUCGUUGUUGGGCUUUAAUCGGCGGUCGGUGCUCCAAGGUCUGCUGUGCCACCCCACACGGGACCAGUACCGCGUCUUGACCUUCGGCCUGAAGCAGGCGACGGCGUAUGUGCAGAUCGACUCGCGGAAGUUCCGCGCCUGGCAGGACAGGACGGCGAGUGUGUCGUUGCAGACCGCCACACCGGUGGCGGCGGCUGACAUCGAGCAUGCCGGUAACUCUCUCGGAGGUGAAUCCAACGAGACUGACGGACAGACGAGUGGAAGCGGUGACGAUGCUGCCACCUCGACGAUGAUCCGCAAGGUGGGGCGCUACUACGCACAAAUCUGGAGCGAACAUGUCAGCGCACAGAAGGCAUCGCAACCAAGGCAACCAGAACACGGGGCAGGAGGCCUGCUGGUAGCGGUCAAUGACGACAACGGCGACUUCCGUAACCACAUGAGCUGCCUCGUGUGUUUGACGGACGCGUGCAUGGAGGCGGCGCAGCUGUACCUGCUCCGGCAACAAGGUGAUGGGGAGGAGGAGAUUCGUCUGGUGAUCGAGGCGGCGGUGAUGGAGCUGUGUCGAGGGCUGGCGGCGUGCACGCAGAGCGUCAUUUCGCUGACCCGCGAGCAGCUGCAGACGUGCUUCUCUCGCGAGGCAGCGGAGCUGCUGUGGACGUCGCUGUGCGUGACGGCGACGAUCAGCACCGUCGCGCCGCGCGAUGCGAAGGAUCACUUUUUUACGCCGCGGUGCGCGCAGGCGGUGCAGCGACUGUUUCACCUCACCGAACAGCUGAUCGAAGUUUUGGUUGGUCAGCGCACACCCAUCGCACACGACAGGGAAGCUGUGGAGGAUGCAGAGGGAGCGGCGGAAGAGGAGCCAACGGAGACGCCACCGGCAAGCGGUGCAGCAUCGGAGGACCCCUCUACGUUGUUGAGUGCCCGGCCGCUGUGUACGGCGCUCGUGCAGGGUGCGCAGCUGCUGCUGCGCGAUCCGCGUUGUUCGCAACGGCUGGCAAUCCGGAUUGCAAUGCGCGGGCGCGACCGCGACGACCUGACGGCGAUGUUAACCGCCUUUCAUGUUUUGCUGACCUCGGCGCGCUUCUACGCACCGGGGCGCUCGCUGCUGUCCGUGGUGUGGGCACGACUGGCACUUGAGCUCACCCAACCGUUACCGGUGUCUGUCACGGCCGCAGGACCGAAGCUCAGCGAGGAAGAAAAGGCCAAGAGCGUGUCGGCGGGCACUGUUCUGAUGGCCGCCACGGUGCCGUCGUCCCGCGAGUACAGCGCCAUAUUGCGGGACUUGGCAGCAACCGGCGCUGAAAUGAACGCCGCCGCCAUGUCUGCCUCCGCCAGUGCCGACGCGGCCGGUGAGGCAAAGUCGUUGCGCAAAACUGCAGCGUACGACGUGCUGGCGACGGCACGCACAGGCGUCGUCCCGAUCUGCGACUUGCCGACGGCGCUCGCGUGCGUGGUGGAGGACGCCGCCGCCAUCCAACACGAGCGACGACGCAGCCUGCAGGGCGCGGCAGCGCGUGCGGGCAAACGAAGCGGGGAAGAGGAGGACGGCGCCCAGAUGUCGUACGGUCUGUGGGGAAAAGAUUUUUCGGCUGCAACAGCGUCGUCCAUCACGCAGCCGCACCUCAGCAUUGCCGCUGCGCUGGAGAACGGCACCGUACCGUUGAGUGAGGUGAUCGAUGCGGCCAUCAUGCACGCCGUCGCCACGGUGCGGGCGGCAGGUGAUCGAUCUUCCUUCGAUGUCGCGGCGGUCGGCGAGGGGGACGACAACCCCGAAGCCGCGAUUGGGUUUCAGCGGCUGAUCCGCGAGUACUGCCAAGACAUGAUGGACUUGCUCCUGCACGUCCCGCUGCGUGACCUGCUGCGUCACCCGCAAGUCGAAACGCUCUUCAGCUGCUUGAACCUGCUGCAAGGCUCCGUGCGACCCGAGACAGAGGCCGCGCUGUGGCGGCAGCUGAGUGCAAAGUGGAGGAAGGAGCUGCUCGAGCCGUGCGAGAAGACUUUUCUGACGUUGCAGCAGUCGCAACUGGCGCUCGUGCGGGCCUGUCGUGGAUUGGCAGACGUUGGCGAUGGCGCAGGCACCGGCGGCUCCAUGAGCGCUCCGCCGCCUGAUGUGUUGGCGCGCGUCGGCGUACCCGCAUCGGCGGCUGCGUUUUCGGCAGAAAAAUCGAUGGCAGCGACGAGUGUGUCUGCCGCCGCACACCAAUCCAUGCGUGACCAUUGGCACCCCGCGAUGCACAACCUCUCGCACCACGAUGACGGACGGCGGCUGGUCAGCAGCAGCCAUUUCAGCAGGGAGCGCAGUCACAAUAGAAAAGCGAAGGGCACCACGGACGGUGCUGCCCCGCCGCAUGAAGCUUUCCCUGGGGAACUGGACAGGGAGGCAACCGGCCUGGCCGCCCUUGCCGCGAUGCCGGAUCCCGUGCCGGUGCCCGUGCUGCUUUCCAUCCUUAAGUCGCUGCACCGCAAGCGCAACGAUGUAACUCUGUCAUCGGCACCGGCGCGUCGCGGCCGCACAUCGGGUCUCCACCCCAACGAACACGCGGCGUGGCUUGUGGAGGGUGGUGGCAGUGGAAGCAGCGGUGACGGAAUCUCGCAAAACGCCGCCGCCUUGACAGAGUUCGUGGAGGUGGUGCUGACGUACACGGCGCGCACGUUUUGGCUGCUGCGUCCCCGACUGGACGACAACGCGUGGCUGGCAUGGGCGACCGUGGAGCGCAGCAUGGCCGUCUACCCGGCGGAGAACGGUGUGCGGCAGCAGGCGUGGGAGCGCGUGUGCCGACAGUGGCGGUUGCCAACGAGCCUCGAGCACGCAACGGUGGUUGCCGGGCAGCUCUUUUCGUCGACGGAGCGGCGCCGCAUUUCUGCGUGGAUGGCGGCGAUGGGCGAGGUGUGUCCUGCCGUGGCGGUGGGCAGCGAGGAGGUCGCCGUCUACCGCUACCUUCGCUCCACUGCUCUUUACCUGCAGCUGCUGACCGUGUCGAUGGCUCUCCUCGUCAAACACCGCAUGUUGGGCGAUCUGCCGUACGCCUCGCCUGAUGUGGUGCGUCGACGUCUGCAGACGCAACUGCAGAGACGCAAUAACAGUGGUCGCAAUGGGCAGGACGAGAGCACCGCGCGUGCGCUCGUGCAGGAUGCGCUACGCCAAGAGUUGAAGCGACUCGCGCAGGACCGGCAGACGCAGCAGGACGGCGUCAACCGCAACGUGUUUGAAGGCGCCGCGCUGCAGUACCUGAAUGUGUCGUGGUGCAUCACCCGGCACGCGGACUCGCUCACGCACAUGGCAACCGAUGUCAUCAUCGCGCAGUUGACAGACGCACCUAUCGUCAGCAGCGGAGCGGCAGCGGCCGCCUCGUCUGCCAGCCCUUCCGCCCUCAUCAGCUACGCCGACGACGUGCGGUUUAUGGUGACCGGCGUGUUGCAGGAGACGCUCGAUACGUUCCUGUGCGUGCACGAGCGGCUGCCCAUGCCGCUGAGCGCGUACGUGACGCAGACCUUGCUCACCAGCGGCUUCUCCUGCGACCCUCUCUAUCUCCGCCAGCCGUACCCUGACAGGACGUCGCAGGCAAAGGGCGGCACAUUGUCUGCUGCGAGUGUUGUGGCGGCGCUGGUAAACGCGUCCGAUAACGCCUCCACUGUGGGGAGUAGCGGUAGCGGUGCCGCAGCUGCAGCUUCCACCGCGAUGUCGAGCGCAGCGUCGGUGUUAAGCCCGGUCUCCCGAGUCGAACUCUUCGUGGGCAGUCCCACCAUGCUCGCCGUGCUGACGCCCCACUUCAUCAAGCGGACCGUCAUGAUCGGCCUGCAAGAUAGCACCUCUGCGGCCGAGCUGCUGCCCGUCACGUCCGCCCUCGAAAGCUACCUCUCCCGCCGCAACGUCCCCCUCUCGCCGCUGCUGGAGGCGACGACGGAGUUGCUCACGAGCAGCCCCGUUCGCAGCAGCGCCGUGCACACGUACUGCGAGCGCCUGGCGGGUGCGCUGACGAAGCGGAAGGAGUUCCGCCAGGCCCUGGCGCCACCCACCAUCGCCUCCGUCGAGCAAGGGGCGGCGGGCUCUAUUUCGAAUGAGGUGGUGAUCUCCUUCGUCGCCGCCAUCGCCCGGCAGGACGUCCACGUAACGAAGAAGACUCUCGCGCACCUCCUGCACGCCGUGAUGACGAUGCGCCUGGACGUCUUUGGACAGCCACCGACGGCGAACCGGCAGGGGAAGCUGACCUUGGUGCAGGUGGGCACCACCGUCGAGGCGACAAUUGACACGACCAACCCCCUCUACGCACCGACGCGACACGCACACGCCGCGGCAAAGGAAGGCGUGGCAGGCGACAGAGGCAGCGAGAAGCGUGCAAGCGACUCGCUUGGAGAUGACGCGGCGGCGGUGAUGGCGGCUUUCAGCGCGGACAAGUGGGCCGACUUCACGGCCAUGACGCACCGCAAGGCCCUCGCGGACCUGACGAUUCCCCUGCCGACCAUUGUGGAGGUAGCGAUGCACAUGGAGGCGAUGCGUCCGUUGGAGUUUGCGGAGAGGCGCCGCGCGACGCAGAUGCUAAAGGCCGCCGAUGACGCGCGCCGAGAGCGGGUGGCGAUGCACCGUUCGCAGGCGCAGGUGGCUGCGACAGCCGCCGUGCAGGGACGGGCGGUGAAGGAAGAAGACGACUCAGAGACCGAGGCCAACGCGGGACGGAAAGCGAAGGCGACUCGUGCCGAAGUCGCACAGGUGGGAAAGUUGGACGCCUCCCUGCACCUCGAGGACCCCCGUGAUUUCGGGGUCAUCAUGCUGCACCUGCGCUACGCCCUGCGCAAGGUGGUACACGCCUCUCUGCGGCGCCUGCUGCACCAGCAGGGCCCGCGUAUGCUGGCCGAGGUGGCGACGAUGCUGGAGAUGGUGGAUUCCGGGAUGCGAUCGAACGCAAUGAAUGCCAAGGGCGGCACGCCGCACCGCAUCCACAGCAGCGGCGGCGGAGAGUCGACCGCGUCGUUUGGCGCAGAUGACCGUCCCCUGCUCUACGACGGUGUUCUGGCUGGCACGACGCGGGUGCUGCUGUCCCGUGCAGUGCUGUGUGCGCAGGCCAUUGGCUACGACGCGAACGGUGCCCCGAUCGAGCUGCCGCCCCUCUCCUCACAUCGCGCCGCCGCCGACACGGCCGAGCCGCUGGAGCGGCAGUCGGUACUGAAGCUUCCGGUGCCCGCGCUGCAGGCAUCCGCCGUGGAGGCAGCGAUAUCUGCCCUCGGUACCGGGAAGGGCCGUCACGCCCCGGUCGGCCACAGCUCUGGAAAGAUUGGACAACUCACAAAGGAGGAGAAGGCGGCGGUGUACCAGCGCGUAGAGUUGGAGCGCGAGGCCGCCGUGACGGUGGGGCUGUCGACGCUGGGCGUGCCGUGGCGGAGUCAGCAGCGCAUCUCACGUGCCCUGCGUUACACGAGGCGGCAGCUGCAGCUUCGAAAGCAACGCAAUGCGUACAACCGGCGUCGAUACGCACAGCGCACGUCCUCCGCGUUGGCCUCUCCUUCGCCUCCCUUUGCUGCUACCGCUGGUGCUGCCGCCUAA